AAUUUCAAAGUACACGUUUCAGUGAGCGCACGUGUUCGUGUACACUAGCAAUUGAUAUGUUAUCGUGACAAAACUCUUAUUCUCUCUCCUACGAAAGGUUUAGAUUUUUGACCCGACAUGAAUCAACUUUAUGGUUAGAGUUAUGUCAAGUCGAGAGAGGUCCCCAAUCAACCGAUAAACGGGAAAUAAAGGCGAACAAAGGGGAAACACGCCAAAAUGUCUCGUUUUUUGGCUGUCUGGAGAAAAUAGUGCGUAUUCUUCCCCUUUAUAUCUCUCUGUGCUUCGAACUACGCUGAACUGUCCACUUUCGCAUAAAUACACGCCGAAAAUAUAAAUACAGGGAGCGGCAUAUUCAAACACGCUUUUUGAGAAAUAAUUGUGUGACGUAAACCUAUGUUUUGCGCUGAAAUUAAUGCCCUCUAAAUUGUGUCACUUAUUUACAAACUUUUAUCCUACUGUCAUGAAUAAUAAAAUAAUUAGUGUGAAAGAUGCAAGUUCAAAUCUUAAUGCAAUCGUUCAGUUAAUCAAUCAAAAUGAUGGUGUAAUAGCACUUCCAACAGACACUAUCUAUGGAUUAGCUUGUUCCGUUUUUAAUCCUGAAGCAAUUGAACGAAUACGUCGUAUUAAAGGUCGUUCAGAGACUAAACCUAUGGCUAUAUGUUUAGAUCAGGUAUCGCAUAUCUCCCACUGGUGUGAUACAAAAAAUAUUCCAACUGGUCUGUUAUCAGAUCUUCUCCCUGGUCCUGUCACUGUUCUAUUACCACGUUUUUCUGAUAGACUUCAGGAUCCAUUGAGCAAUGAUUUACUAAACUCAAGCGACAAGCGUGUUGGUAUUCGAAUACCAGAUUCUGGUUUUAUACGUAAACUUAUAUCAGCAUUGAAUGAACAAACUAGAUUCUCAUCAAUUAUUGGCAAUAACGUUGAACAUUCUAGUGGUUAUGAUAAGCACGAUAGUAUCAGUAUUGGUGGUGGUCAUCCAUUAGUGUUAACCUCAGCAAAUUUAAGUGGACAACCGUCGGCGAUUCAAAUCGAGGAAUUUUCCGAAAUUUGGUCAUCCAUUGACUUGAUCAUCAAUGGUGGUCCCAUUCAAUCUGAUAUGUCCUCAAAAAGCUCCGAUUGUAGCCGGGCCGGUUCAACCAUUAUUGACUUGUGCAACUGUGACAAGUCUGUUUAUUCUGUAGUACGAAAUGGCAGUGCAUUCAAUUCAACGGUAGCCAUAUUAGAAGGUCGUUACAAUCUUUCUCUCGCAGACAAUUUUUCCAACAUAAACAAUUGAAAAUUAAUUCCAUUUUUUAAAUGGUUUGAAUUUUCCCGCCUAUUCUUCUUCUUCAAUAAUCUAAUUCUCCUGCGCUUUCACACUCCUCCAUUUGUCUUCAAAUCAAUGUAUUCGUAUUAUUAUUAUUAUUAUUAUUAUUACGUAACCCCGUAUUUCACUUUUCUUUGCACAUUCAGGGAUUUCUUCUUCGUUUGAUGAUGAUGAUGAUGAUGAUUUUUACUAUUAUUGUUAUCCUUUUUUUGUAAUUUGUUUUCAUCAACAAAAAAUAUAUAUCCGUCGGUUGUUAAGAU